CGGGCGGGCGGGCACGUGUGGGCGCGGAGCGGAAGCGCGGGCGGGCGCGGUUGCCGUGGCAGCGGUCCCGGAGCCGCCAUGGAGGCCGCGGCCGCGCUCACCGACAUGUACGAUCAGGCGCUGCUCGGCAUCCUGCAGCACGUCGGCAACGUGGAGGAGUUCCUGCGCGUCCUCUUCGGCUUCCUCUACCGCAAGACCGACUUCUACCGCCUGCUGCUGCGGCCCGGGGACCGCCUGGGCUUCCCGCCCGGCGCCGCGCAGGCCAUGGCCCUCCAGGCUUUCAAAGUCUUUGAGCGGAUGGCCCGGCAGGAUGAUGAGAAGAGGCGCCGAGAGCUGGAGGCAAAGCUAAGGAAGGAGGAGGAGGAGGCUGCGGAGAGGGUGAAGCCGCCUGCUGCAGCUCAGGAGGUGGAGGUAGAGACAACAGCAGAGCACAUCCCAGUGCCGGAUGCUGGGGGAGCUGCGGGGACACAGGAGCCGGCUGGAGCCCAGGACACAGCCCCCAGUGUGGUGUCUGCAGAGCCCCCGGGGGCCGCAGCCCCGGCAGAGCUGCCCACGAGACAGGAGCAGUUCCAGACAAACCCCGACAGCUACAACGGAGCUGUGCGAGAGAACUACUCCUGGUCCCAAGACUACAGCGACCUGGAGAUUAAAGUGCCCGUGCCCAAGCACAUUGUGAAAGGCAGACAGGUGUCUGUGGAUAUCAGCAGCAGCACGAUUCGUGUAGCAGUGCUGGAGGGGAGCAGCCCGCAUGUCCUCAUGGAAGGGAAACUCACCCACAAGAUCAACACGGAGAGUUCCCUCUGGAGCCUGGAGCCAGGGAAGUGUGUUUUGAUCAACCUGAACAAGGGGGACGAGUACUGGUGGAACGCCAUCCUGGAGGGCGAGGAGCAGAUUGACAUCGACAAGAUCAACAAGGAGCGCUCCAUGGCCACGGUGGACGAGGAGGAGCACGCCGUGCUGGACCGCCUCACCUUCGACUACCACCAGAAGCUGCAGGGCAAGCCCCAGAGCCAUGAGCUGAAGGUGCAUGAGAUGCUGAAGAAGGGCUGGGACACGGAGGGCUCCCCCUUCCGCGGCCAGAAGUUCGACCCCUCCAUGUUCAACAUCUCCCCCGGCGCUGUGCAGUUUUGACGGCGGCACCAAAGGAAGCGGGGAGAGGAGGAGCCCCCGGGGGAGCCCCAUCACCCCGGUACCGGCCCGGUGGCGCCAUGUGAACCGGAUCUACAUCCCAUCACCGCGGCGACCCGGCGCCGGGACCCUCCUCCCCUCACCUCCGCUGCCGGGGGCUCUCCUCUGUUCUGGAAUAGACCGAGCUCACGGGGUGACACAAUCGUUAUUCCUGGGGGAUGAGGAUGCUUCUUUUUGGGAUUCGGGAUGGGGGAACCCUCCCUGCCCUGACAUUGGGCAGCUUUGCCCCAGCCAGCACCGGGGGGGGUUCUCCUGGGUUCACCCCCAUUGCCGGGAUGGGGCUGGAGGUCAGCGGGGAGCACGUACAACAUGGGGGUGGGUCCCAGGCACGGGGCUGCUGGGCCCCAAUGGCCACCAGCCCUUCCAUACCCACAGCACUGUGGGGCCUGGGAGGGGGGACAUGAGAACCCAGCCCCAGCCUGGUGCUUACAGCUUCCCACAGACCCCCAUGCUGUGGCUGGGGGGGGUCUCUGACCCACACCCUGACCCCCCCCGGACCUCCCGGCCCCCCCUUGGUUUGCAAUAAACACGUUUCUUGAGCGCA